UUUUACUUUGAAAGACGCUCUUUUCCUUUCCGGAGGCCACAGCUCUGGCCCUGCCUACUUCUUGCACGCAGCCGUCCCUUCUUUGAGUACUUUCUCCUCCUGCCAGUAGCAGAUCUUUUCGCUGCAAACUUCUUCUCGGUUUCACAUAAAGACAGUCAUUUGCCACCAACAUCAUGUCCUCUGGAAAUGCUAAGAUUGGCCAGACUGCCCCAGACUUCAAAGCCACAGCUGUAGUGGACGGACAAUUCAAGGAGAUCAAGCUGUCAGAAUACAGAGGGAAGUAUGUCAUCUUCUUCUUCUACCCACUGGACUUCACCUUUGUGUGUCCGACUGAGAUUAUUGCUUUCAGCGACAGAGCAGAGGAGUUCCGCAAUAUCGGCUGCGAGGUUAUCGGCUGCUCCGUAGACUCUCACUUCAGUCACUUGGCAUGGAUCAACACACCAAGGAAGCAAGGAGGUCUGGGAAAUAUGAAAAUCCCCCUUGUGGCAGACCUCACCAAGACAAUCUCCAGAGACUACGGUGUGCUGAAGGAGGACGACGGCAUCGCAUACAGGGGUCUGUUUGUGAUCGACGACAAGGGCAUCUUGAGGCAGAUCACCAUCAAUGACUUGCCUGUGGGGCGCUCUGUGGAUGAAACUCUGCGCCUGGUCCAGGCCUUCCAGCACACUGACAAACAUGGAGAAGUGUGCCCUGCUGGAUGGAAACCUGGGAGCGACACCAUCAUCCCAGAUGUUCAGAAGAGCAAAGACUUCUUCUCUAAGCAGUAAACGUGAAGACCUUCCAGCUGACUUUAGCACUUGCCUUCAGAUAAGAGGUGUCCCUGUGAAGCAGUAUAUCAUAGCGUCCAAUGCUUUAAAUCCAACAGCAUUUCAGAACUUAAGAUAAAUCCUUGUUAAAUUUUAUCUUUGUACGUCCAGUGUACAAGUGGUGACCAACCUCAUAGUCUCAAGCACUGAAAGUCAAGUUUUGCUCCCCUUUUAUUUUAUUUUUUUAGAAAAAGUAUUGAUACUUUUCGUUGCUGUCAAUAAUAAUUUACUACCAUCUCUAUUAAAACAAGGGGAAAAAUGUGA